UUAAAAAAAAAAAUUAAACAUGAACUGAAAAUAUUAUAAAAAAAGACAAUUUUAAUAAGAACAUUAAAAGUGAAAGAGAAAUAAUUGAAUGACAGUCUCCUGGUGUUGGUCGAGAAUUUAAAACCCUAAAAGUAAUAAUUAUACUGGAGCUGUAUUUGCCGUACGCACCACUGCCGGGAGGUGGUGGAAUCCUCCCGGCGGUGUCAGGCGGUGGCGGAGGUGGUGUAGGCGGCGGAUGCCGCCCGGUGUUGCUCGGCGGAGUCGAUUUGUCGAUGUCUGCAGCCGUUCAGCAGCCAAGCGCGAAUGCGGCUCCGCAGGGUCACAUCCCCCACCCUGCGAGCGGUUUCAUCGGGGCCCCACCGAGCCACCCCGCGGGGUUCAUCGGGGCCCUUCCGCCGGCGGUCCACAUGCCUCGGUCUCCCGACGUGGUGCUGCCCCUCGGGCCCUCUCUGCCGGCGGGCCACCACCGCGAACCUGAUUCAGAUGCGCCGCCUAAUCCCGAUGUUUUGCUGUCGCUACUCGCCCGCAACAAACAUCUUGAAGACUUUGAAGAUGAUAGACAAUGUCAUAUACCAAUCAAAAAAGAACCAUCGAUACCAAAGUGUGGAGGCUGUCAGGAAGCAAUUUUAGAUAAAAUAAUUCUGAGGGUACUGGAAAGAUGCUGGCACGCUAAAUGUCUUACGUGUCGGGAAUGUGGCGCUAGACUAACGAAUAGUUGUUUUGAGAGAAACGGGGUUGUUUUUUGCAAAGAUGAUUUUUACAAUUGGUAUGACGACAGACGGUACGGGACAAAGUGCGCUGGCUGUAACGAGGGCCUGGCUCCAUCCCAGGUCGUCAGAAGGGCGUCUAAUUUUGUUUACCACCUCACGUGCUUCUCCUGCGCAUUCUGCUCGAGACAGUUGGACACCGGGGACGAGUAUUAUCUCAUGGAAGACAGAAAAAUUGUUUGCAAGCCUGAUUACGAGCAAGCCAAGGCUAAAGAAUUGGAAUUUACAGAGUUAGCUGACGGCGGAAGCAUCGAUGGUGACCAGCCAAACAAGAGGCCAAGAACAACAAUAACAGCCAAACAAUUGGAAACACUUAAACUGGCGUACAAUAAUAGUCCAAAGCCUGCGCGACAUGUUAGGGAACAAUUGUCCCAAGACACGGGAUUAGACAUGCGUGUAGUUCAAGUUUGGUUUCAAAAUAGGAGAGCUAAAGAGAAGAGACUGAAGAAAGAUUCCAAUAGAUCGAGAUGGUCCCACUUUUUCCGAAAUAACACGGGUAGUUUUAAGGGCAGCGGUGGUCAUUCGCCGCGCCACGAUAAGCUCCUGGAUAAAGACGAGCUCAAAGUUGACUUGGAUUCUUCGUUUGGUCACCACGAUCUAAGCAACGACAGUUACAGUACAGUAGUAAACAUGGGUCUAGACGGAGAUGGAUCGAGUCCAAGCGCAGGUGGAGGAAACGGCGGGGGUGGUCCACCUCGUGGUUACUUGGGUGCAACGACACCUCCCUAUUUAACAACGUCCAGAUCACCGUCCUUACCACCACACUUUCCAUAUCCUUCCGACGCUGGAUUGUCUGUCUACACGAAUCUCGGAGGACCAGGUGGAAUGGUGCCAGGACCAGCGUCAGAUUUAAGCAAUGAAUCGAGUGGCGGUGGCGGUGGUGGCGGAGGUGGUGGAGGUGGCUACCCCGAUUUUCCACCCUCACCUGACUCAUGGCUCGGAGAAGCGCCUCAGCAUCCUCACCAUCAUCCUCACUACGCCACAUAACCCAUUAAAAUCUAAAAUCUAAUUAUUUAAGUAAAUUAAAUUUAUUAUUUAUUAAAAAUCAUCUAAAACAAUUUAUUUCGACGAUUAAAUAUGAAAAUGCGAACAGCCGGAUUUUUAUUUCCGUAUUUUAGCUAGCUAAAUCAAGAUUAAAACAUACUAUCGUUCGCAUAAUUAUAUCUAAUUAGGGUGGUGCUUGUUUUAGGUUAUUUUGAGGUUUAAUUAUAAUUUUUAGGUUAAUUUUCGUUCCAUCUCUUCCAUUAAUGGAACGCUCCAGUGAAAUUUUAAUGCAUUGAUCUAUUGAUAGGAUUAAAAAAUUUGGAAUGAAUUAUUUUGAAAUUAUAUCCAAAAAAAAAGAACCACUCUAAUAUACAU